AUGAUAACAAAAGAUGAUUGUUUAAGAUUUAAUUGUAAAAUCUCACCAUACUAAUAAUCAUAAUAAAAAAUCAAUCUUGAUAAAACUGCAUUAAAGAAUAAGACUGCCUUAUCUUUAGGUGUACCAGAUUUCAAAUGUACUGCAUUAUUUUGUUCUGAUAUCAAGACUCAAGAACUUUGUGAUAAUACAGGUGAAUGUGUCUGGAAUAAUAAUGGUGUAUGUGAAAUCUUUUCUGGAUGUGGAUCAUAUUAAGUUGAUAAAAAAGAAGAUUGUUUUUUAAAAAGUACAUAAACAAAGUUUUGUACAUAUGAUGAGGAAUAAUAAAGUAAUGGGAAAUAUAAUUGUAUUAAUGAUCUAUCUAAAUCAGGAGGAAGUUUUAUGACAUGUUUCACUUUAAAUAAUGAGAAUCUAUGUAAUCAAUACGAAUAUGCUGUAUGUACUUGGAGAACAUUUUAAUAAUGUUAAGAUGAAUCUGAUGAAGUUAAUUUGUGUUAGUAAUAUCAAUAUUGUAUUGGUGAAGAAAGUAAGGAUUGUGCAGAUCUUUCAGGAUUUUAAGAUAAGUGUGAUAAAAGAGAAAAUUAUUGUAAAUGGGUAAAUGAUAAUAGUACAUGUAUGGAAAGAGAAUGUUCUGAUUAUACAUCUGAAACUGAUUGCAAAAGCAUUUUAACAGAUGAUUUAAAAAGAGCUAAACCUUGUACAUGGGAAGAAGGAUUAUGUAUAUAAGGAUUUAAUUUAACUAAAUUAAAUAAAUACAAUUGUUUGAUUGAUUCAUUGAAUACUUCAAUGUGGAAUGAAGUUGAAUAGAGAUGUCAAAGUUGUAAAUUUGAAAAAAUAUUGAAUUUUAUUAUUAUUGUAUUGAUAUUAUUAUAAUGAAUUAAUCAUCUGAUUUAUUAUUAUUAGCAAAAUAAAGAGUCAAUGAAAAAAAAGGAUAAAAAACUUAGGAUAUAUUUUGUACUUAAAUAAAAUAGAAGAAACAAAUAAUAACUGAUGAAGAAGUUUAGAUUGAUCCAAUUUCAUAUGAAGAAUUUGAUGAUCUCAAAUAAUUACGUAGAAUGAUAAGAUAAACAGAUCAUUCAAUUAAUUAAUAUGGAAAAGAAGUGAAAUAGCUAUAAAAUGACAUUAAAAGAUUAACUAAAUGA